AUGUCUCGCCCCGAGGAUAACCUCCCACCCGACCUCUUUUACAACGAAAAAGAAGCCCGACAAUACACUACUUCGUCCCGCAUAAGAAACAUCCAAGCCGACAUGACCCACCGUGCUCUCGAAUUGCUAGACCUUCAAGAACCCUCUUUCAUCCUCGACAUCGGCUGCGGUUCUGGUUUGUCAGGUGAGAUCCUCUCGGGCGUCGAAGAGGACGAAGGAGGACCACACACGUGGGUCGGGAUGGAUAUCUCGUCUUCGAUGCUCGCCCAAGCGCUGGAGCGAGAUGUGGAGGGAGACAUGUUGUUGGCGGAUAUCGGACAGGGGGUUCCGUUCAGAGCUGGGAGUUUCGAUGCGGCGAUCAGUAUAAGUGCAAUACAAUGGUUGUGCAAUGCUGAGACGUCCGACGUCUCGCCGGAAGGACGACUAAAGAGAUUCUUCGAUGGCUUAUAUGCGAGCUUGAAACGGGGAGGGAAGGCAGUGUGUCAAUUCUACCCCAAGAAUGCUCAACAGCGGAGUCUCAUCUCUAAUGCGGCUAUCAAGGCUGGUUUUGGUGCUGGUAUACUUGAGGAUGAUCCGGAAACGAAGAGCGUGAAGGUCUAUCUGGUUCUUAGCGUGGGCGGUGGCGAUGUGACGGGUGCGGUCAGCGGGAUGGAGAAUGUGGACGUUAUGGAUGCGAGAAGGAAGGAGAGGAAGAGAGGGAAGGAGUUUGAGAAGAAGGGAAGCAAGGCAUGGAUUAUGAGAAAGAAGUCGCAGAUGGAGGCGAAAGGGAAGGUGGUGAAAACUUCGAGCAAGUAUACUGGCCGGAGAAGGAAGACGGCUUUCUGA